GUCCUUCUGUCGUCAGUCGGAGGUUGGAGUCAACGUAUUGUACCUGCCACUUGCCUGUUUGUCCGGCAGUAGCAGUCAGUGCAAUUCAGUUGACUUUCGUUCGUCGCGGUUGGUACAAGGGUGGUGUCGUCAAGCAUUUUUGGCAAUCGAGAUCCUUUGUUGUGCGAGAAAAGUGAAAUCUCUCUGUGCGAUCUUCGUCAGUGUAUGGUGGCGUUGGUGUAGUGAGUUUUUAUAUCCACAAUGGAGAGUAGCAGUGCUAAUGCUACGACAGAAAGUACUCAAAACCAUUCCGAGAGUGACCCGGGGUGUGGCUGUAAAAAUUCCCCUUCUAAUAUUACAAUUUCGGUAACACCAACUACUGGUGGACAGUUCGAUUUGGCAGUAACGAAAAGCGAGACAAUAGAAAAUCUUAAGAAAUUAAUUUCAAAAAAAUUAAAAGUGCCAAAAGAACGGAUAUGUUUGCUGCACAGAGAAAGACAAUUGCGAGACGGAACAGUACAGGAGAAUCAGCUAGUUGAUGGCAGCCGGCUCACUCUCCUGCCCAGCGUAGAAACAGGGCUCUUGGCCCAAAGACCAGAGCAGAGUGUGAUGCAAGCUUUGGAAAGCCUAAAUGACUCACAGGUGAACGACUUCUUGUCAGGCAAGGCUCCCCUCAACCUGACCAUGAGGCUGGGAGAUCACAUGAUGUUGAUCCAGCUACAGUUGUCCACAGUCACACCCAGCAGCAGUUCUAGCAGCUCCAAGAGAUCCACCAAACACCUCUCCUCCACCACCACAUCCUCCCCUUCCACCUCGGACCCCCUAGCUUCUCUCACCUCCAUCGUCAACAAGUCCAUAGAAGCCACCUCGCCUAAGAAGGACAAGCCGACGUGUAGUAAACGUAGUAGUUUCCUAGCGUUGUUAGACUCUCGUAAACCGGACUCAGAAGUUCCUUCGGAAGAAACGGUAAAAUCCGAAACGACUAGUUCUACACCGAAGGUGGACGCGGAAAGUUCGAGUAGUACGAUGGAAGUGGACAAUAGUGUAAAAAGUGACACGGUGACAAGUGCGUGCAAGUGUGAUAACGCUUCGCAAAGAGCAGGAGCGGCAAAACCCAUGUUGGAUACGAAAGCGCUGGCUGAAGCAUCCAGGAACCUAACACAGACACUCAAACAACUAUCCUCCGAGGUUUUAACGACAAAGGCUGACUCUAUAGAAGAUGUUGGCAGCAAACGUAGACAAGGGGCCAUCAUUGAAAGCAUGCACCACCACGGCAAGGGAGUAUACUCGGGAACAUUUUCAGGUACACUGAAUCCAGCCCUUCAAGACAGAUACGGACGGCCUAAAAGGGAUAUUAGCACCAUCAUUCACAUACUGAACGACCUGUUGUGUGCCACGCCGCAAUACCGCAACAGCAGACAAGCCUCUGGCGUCAGCACAGCUCCCCUCAGCACACAGACCUGCGCCACGCAGACCCAGAGCGAGCUGCUGACUCCGUCAACCUCCACCGAGGUGUCAACGUCAUCCUCCGGCCCUAGCGACUCUGUGGAGAACCAAGCGACCAGGGACAAGAUGGAGCGUUUGCGUCUCAUCAUGGAGGAGAAGCGAGAGCGACGUCGUGCAGCUCGUACCAGGCCUUACCCUCACGACCUGACACCUACCCGGAAACACGCACCCGCACAGUGGAGCGCUAAGUCAGAGGCUCAGCCGCAGCUGCCGAUGGACACAGAGCUAUGUCCGCAACCGGAGGUGACACCCGAGCCAGUCAUCGCCUAGACCCACCACACCACAUAGGGGAUGGUAGCACCCGUAGAAUAUAUCCCGUCAUCGCAAAUUGUAUUAUACACUUAUUGAGUACAAAAAUUCUCUGCCGCAUUACAUUUGUACGGUUUUACGCUCUUUGUUGUUUUUGUGUUAUGUUUAUUUGGAGAAGUUCGUGAGUUAUCGGAUUCCUGUGAGAAAAUUCAUUUUAAUUAUUCAAAUAUCUUUAUGAAGAUCGGUUUUGGUUAAGAUGAGGCAUUCUACGAGAGCCGUUUCAAAAUAGUUUUAAGUUAGAGACGUAUUGGAAUUUAUAUAAUUUAACUGGAGUGUAUAGCUGUAACCUUGGCUAGUGGUAUCCUAGACUGUAAAUUUUAUUUAGACAACAUUCAGUAUAUUACUGUGUUGAUCAGGUUUGGAUCAUACCUCCCAAUUGUUGUUUAUGCAUCAAUAAUAUAUUUGUACAAGAGGAUUAAGAUCUUACUUUAAGAUGGCUUUAUAUUGCUUUCUGUUUACUAGGAUGUAAUCCUUCAAAUUGGCGUUUAGGAAACAACAAAUUUAUAAACAGAACGUUUAUUUGAGUUAAGACUUUACUGAAAUGUUUAACUCUUAAAUUUUAAAUCUUUCCACAUUAUUUCUCGUAGUUAAAAUUAAAUUUCAACUGUGUUUUGAAUAAAAUACUAUGCUUUUAUAUUUACAUUUUGGGACGAUUAUUUUAUUUUUUGAGGUAAACUAUCUUGUCCUAAAUGGUUUAAGAAUCAAUCCACAAUUUCUAAAGUACCAAUGCAAACAGGCAACAUGUAUAUCAUUCUGUGUUGUUUUGUACAGGUAUGUGAACUAUUUUCUGUGUGCUUGUAUCAUAGCUUGACAAUUUAGCCUGCAGAGGAUUGUGGAUUCAAUUUGAUACUUAAGGCUGACUAUUUAAUGUAUAUAAUAGGGAAUUUAAUCCUCUGAUAUAGAAGUUAAGCAGAUUGUGAGUAGAAUACUGUUUCCUGAUUUCGAUCUCUUUUUAUAUCUCACCUGAUUUAUCUUAACUGUAUUCAUUUGUUGGACCCAGCACUCUGUUUAGUUGGAUUAUAUUGGAGUUAAUACA